CACAGCUAGGCUACACAUUGGUUGUGUUUGUUCAGGCAGACGUCAGCUUGGAAUUGUUUAACUUUCAGCAAAUGCAUAUAAAUAUAGCUAAGACAACAUUUAUGUCGGUUCGCCUUUCUUUUUGAAUGUCUCAUUCUGAUAGAGAUAAACUCUCGAGUUAACAGGGAGUGUUUAUUCGGUUAGAUUCCUGAACUAAGUGCUAGCUUACCCGGCUAGCUCCCUGCCUGCUUCAGCUCUGUUUCAGUGCGGAUAUGGGACGAGGAGCGGGAAGGGGCCGACCUCCUGUUGGUCCGCCCGGCGAAGACGGACCUCCGCCUGACAUGGGUCCGCCAGGUUGGGGUCCCCCGCCACCGGAAGGCUGGGGUCCCCCGCCGCCGCCUGGAGGAUGGCCUCCGCCGCCAGGUGAAUGGGGACCACCGCCGGCCGGUGGUUGGGGGCCAACACCGCCAGGUGGAUGGGGCCCCCCGCCCCCUGGAGGGUGGGGGCCUCAUCCACCUGAAGAAUGGGACCCGAGAGGCCCUCCUCCUCACGGCUGGGGGCCAAGAGGACCACCACCGCCGGGCUGGGGGCCCCAUCCCGAUGACUGGCUGCCACCUCCAGACUGGAGACCCCCUCACCCCGACGAUUGGAGACCCCCUCACCCCGACGAUUGGAGACGUCCUCAUCCGGACGACUGGAGGCCCCCCCACCCCGAAGACUGGAGGCCCCCCCAUCCCGACGACUGGAGGCCCCCCCAUCCCGACGACUGGAGACCUCCCCAUCCCGAAGACUGGAGACCUCCUCCCGAUGGCUGGCGACCCCCUGGGUGGGGUCCGGAAGGUCCCCCCUGAGCCAUGGGGACCCGAGCCUCUUCCACCAGGACCUGUACCACCAGGACCUGUACCACCUAUCCCUCCUCCUGUUGGGAUCCCUCCUCCUGUUGGGAUCCCUCCACCGGACCCCGCAGCCUUUGGACCGAUGCCCGUACCUCCUGUCCCCCCUCCAGCCAUUCCUCCCAUUGGGUUUCCAGCAUACCCUCCUCCAGGCUGGACUGGAGAGCCUGUUGUGGAAGAACCACUGCCAAACCCACCUCCAGAUCAGCCUGAGUGGAUCAAAGCGUUGAUUUCCGCUCCGGGCUCCGAGUCGACUCCGGGGGACACUAAAAAGUCCACAGAGGAGCCCCCUGUCUCAGCUGCAGUGGCUGAACCUGCUUCUGCCAUUGCCCCUAAGCCUAAACCUAAAAAACCCAAACAACCCAAACCUAAGCCUGACACAAGCAAGACCAGUAAGGCCCUUGGCUUGCUGGGAAAACGUAUAUUUGAAAAGCCUCCUCCAGGCAGGUCCACAGGGAUUAUAUCAUUCAUCGGGCCGACCUUCGGCUACAUCGAGAGAGAAGAUCUAGAGAAGUUCACUUUCAGCUUUGCCGCCUUCUUUGGAAACCCCAAAGCCAUGACGCCCGGGGUCAGAGUUCACUUCACAGCCUGCAAAGAGAAGAACAGUCUCAUAGCCACGGAUGUGAAAGUGGCUCCAGGUGGAACAGAGAACGUGGACACAGAAAUCUACGAGGCGGUGGUCAGUCAGCCCAUCCAGGAGCCUCAGCCUGGCGAGCGUCAGUACCCUGGUCAGGUUCAUGUGAACAUCGGACCUCUGAGGACGAACCUGACGUUUGACAGGAAGGACAGCACGGUGACGCUGCUGAAGGACGACCAGGUGCUCAUCAAUCUGCUGACUGACAUCGUCAGCGAGAAGAGGAGAGCCACCAACAUCAAACCGAAAAUCCCUUCAACAUUUGAACAAACAAAGGAGGAGAGGGAGGAGGGAGUCAUCCUCAGCCUGAAGGACAGUGAAGGUGUCAUAAAGUCUGAGAAACACGGUGAGCUACCUUUUGAUAUCAAAGAGAACUUCAGUGACGUCGAGUUUACUGCUGAGGACGUCAACGAGGAGGUCGAGUUCACCCUCAUCACGCUUAAGACAGGGAAGAGGGCCAUCAGGAUAAGGCGGGUGAAGGAACCCCUCCUCCUGACACUGUGCUCGGCCACCGCAGCCGUUGCUGCCACCCCUGACGACGCUGGCGCACAAAACUCUGACAGCGACAGUGACAGUGACAGUGACGAUGAGUCUUCCAAGCCACUGAAGUUUAAGACCACUACCAAGACGGAUCUGGCCCCCAACAUGAAGCUGGAUACUGAGCUAUACGAGGGCAUCGUCAGCCAGACAAUUAUCGAGCCCACGCCCACCUUGCCAGGUUACCCGGGUCAGAUCCACGCCAACAUCGGCCCUGUGAGGACCAACGUGACGUUUGACCACCGGGACUGCGGAGUCACGCUGCUGAAGAACGACCACGUGUUGAUCAACCUGCUGGUCGACGUUGUGACCAGGAAGAGGAGAGCGGCAAACAUCAAACCCAAAAUCCCGUUCACCUUCAGCUACACCAAAGAGAUCAGAGAGCUGGGCAUCAUCACUUUUCUGGGACCUGAACAAGGUAUUGUAAACUCUGAGGAGCACGGGGAACUUCCUUUUGACAUCUGGGAGAACUUCAGCGAGACAAAGUUCAACAGCUCGGACAUACACAAGGAAGUGGAGUUCACGAUGGCCGUGGUCAAAUCCGAAAAGAGAGCCAUUAGGCUACUGAGGACAAAGAGGGUUGAGGACAAGAUCCUGGAGGAGCAGAAAAGACGAGAGGAGGAGGAGAAGAGGAAGAAACGGGAAGAGGAGGAGAGGAGGAGACACGAGGAGGAGGAGAGAAGGAGGAGGGAGGAAGAAGCGAUGGAGCGAGAGAGAGAGGCAGAAAGGAAGAAGAAGGAGGAGGUUGCAGCAGCGCUUGCUGCGGCUAAAUGCAAGUGGACGCCGCUUGGUUUCAAAAUAAGACAUCCUGACACAUUGGACGACAUCAGCAAGGAGCGAUUCGAAGGCACCGUCCUCAAAUCCAUUUCUAAAAAUCCACACAAGGUGAUCAAGAAGGAGCCAGAAGAGGGAAAACAGGGGAACUAUGAUGAGAACGGGAAAACUGUUCCCGAACAGGUCAAGAUUAAAGUUGAAAAAAUGGAUGAAUCUGAGUCAGAGGGCAAAGGAGAGGAGAAAAAGAUAAAGGAGGAGAAUGAAAAGGAGAAUAACGAUCAGUCCAGUGACGCUGGAGGUGGAGUGAAAAUCAACCCAGAUAUGGGUCGACUGGUCAUGACCAUCAACGGUCAACAGAAACAGCUUCCAUUUGGGCCAGAUGACAUGCUGAGCACCGCCACCAUGAUGGAUGGAGACAAGGUACGCUUUAACAUCGCCACCCAUCAGGAGACCAAAGAAGAACGAGCCACCUUCGUAGAAAUUCUUCCCGACUCCUUUGAAGAGUCCAUCGAACAACGGCGACACGGGAUUGUGAUCGAGUUUAUGAAGGACUCUGGGCUCAUCAAGUGCUCUCAGAACCCUCAGCUCUACUUCCACAUGGCAGAGGUGAUUGAGAAGAAGAGACUGGAGCUGAACGAGAAAGUCGAGUUCAGUGUCGUCCCGCAUGAAACGGCGGAGGGAGGGAACCAGGCCAUCAGGAUAAAACGUUUCACUGAGAACGUUUUCCUUCCAGUAAGGAAAUUGGGCGGUGUCGGGGCAAACAAAGGCAAGAUGACCAUUAAGCUGACAAAAGCUUCAGAGGAAACCGAGAAAGAAAAACCAGAGGCAGACAAGAUGAAGGCGGUGGUGAAAAACCUUCGAACUCAAGACAGCAAGAGUAGUAUUGGCAGAAGAGAUUACAAUACCCCUCGACAUAGAUAUGGUCGAAGCAGGAGCAGAAGUAGGAGCAGGAGUCCGAGUAGGAGUCGGGUCAGGAGUAGAAGCAGGAGUCCACGCAGAGACCAUUUUGGACGUAUCACCAAAAAGAGACGCAGCUCCAGCAUUGAACGUAAAAGUAGCAGAUAUAGACGAAGCAGAAGCCACGAGAAGUCUAAUAGACACACUAAAAGCCACACUAAGAGCCGCAGCAGGAGUAGCAGCAAAAGCAAAAGCUCCAGCAAGAGCCGCAGCAGAAGCCGCAGUCGGAGUAGGGAGAGAAGCAGGGAGAGAAGCAGGGAGAGAAGCAGGGAGAGAAGCAGGGACAUGUCCAGCAAGAAAAGGAGCAAACUUAGCAAGGAACGCGAAGAAACUUACAAGAGGAGAAGAGAGUUGAGCCCUCCUCCCAGACGUGCCGUAAUGGAUGACGAGCUGGCAAGGAAGAAGAGGGAGCUAGAGGAGCUCAAUGAGAUGAUAGCCUACAAGAAGGCCCUUGUUGAUGUAGACCCAAGAGGCCUGGACCCUGGACAGAGGACUUGCAUAGACUAUGACCAUGGCAGGAUCUCUGUCCCACUUACUGAGUACAAACCUGUUCGAUCCAUCCUUAAGAAAAGACCAGAGGAACCUGAGUACCUCCAUCGUCCUCCUCAACCUUAUGAUGAUCGUUACUAUGACGGGCCAUAUGAUCCUUACUCAGAUCGACGUUAUGGGGACCGCUACGGUGAACCAUACACUGGCCGUCCCUACUCUGAUCGGCCUUAUGGUGACCGUCCUUAUGGAGAUCGGCCCUUUGAAACUCGUCUCUAUGGUGAAGCUCCCUAUGGUGGCCCUCCGCCUGCAAGCUCCCGUUAUACCGAUCGCUACGAUGUUUAUGAUGAACCCUAUGAUGAUCGCUACUCUGACCCAGCUUAUGCAGACCGACGACCAGAUGAUCUGUAUCACCCAAUAAAACAGAGCCAUUCUCCUGAACCUCAUAGUUCUUCAACUUCUCACCUUGAAAGAGGCCCUGUUGCCACCAACCAAGCAGCCCUGCCACAUACUGUUGCAAAUGUAUCUUCCCAACCCCCUCUUAGACCUCCUUCUCCCUCUGAGCCGCCUCCUAGAAGCCCUUCUCCCAAACUGAGGACAACAACACGCCAGUCACCUCCAGCUGAGAAACCACCCCUUGAUCGCUUUCUUGACAUGCUUAAUAAAAAGGCGGAUGCAGAAAAAAAAUCAGAACCGGUUUACAUGAGUGAUGACCUGUUGCCUCACGAGCGAGCACUUCAAGAUGGAAGGGGUUUUUCUCGUAUUGUGGGAUUGGCUCAAGAGCAACCCACCACAAGUCUACCUUUGGAAGGAGAAAAAAGCCAACCAAGGCCUAUGCGGUCUUCAUAUGAGAGAACAAGUGAAGAACCACAGAGCAAGGCAGAACCCUACGACAAGAUCCAGAGUCUACUCCGCACAAUUGGCCUAAAGCUGAGUACAGGAGAUAUGUCCAAACUGGCAAUUCGAGCCCAAGAGACAAUCUAUACCCCAAAAUCAUCAUCGACAGAGCGAGAGGCUUUAUCCUCCACAGGAGAAGAACUGCGAAGAUGUAGAACUGGUUCUGUUGAAUCAGAUCACAUCCAUUCUAUCUCCUCAGCAAGGUCCUCCAGUUUGGAGCCACUCAGCAGACAUAAAGCCUAUUCAGAGUAUGAAGGAUUUUUGGACCAGCAGGAGUUGGGGGCAUUGAAAAAGGCACAACAGAUGCAGAGUCUUACCAAGACCAUGGGAAGCACACCCAUUGACAGUCCUCAAGUGAAACCUCCCCCAGGGCCUCCCCCACCAGUCAACUGGUCCAUUAGAGUUACUUCCCCAAAUCCCCCAGCACAGAGCCCCAUACCGCCCAGCAUGGGUACUGUAGCUCCUCCUGCUGCAGAUAAACCUACUCUAGGCCCUCCGCCUGGACCGCCUCCUGGGCCUCCUCCACGGCGUCCUGGACAGCCUCCUCCAGGUCCUCCUCCUGGACCGCCUCCUGGGCCUCCUCCACGGCGUCCUGGACAACCUCCUGGACAGCCUCCUCCAGGUCCUGCUCCUGGGCCUCAACCCCAUCACCCUCCAGUACAACAUCCUUUCUCUACACUCUCAAGUCAUAGUAUCUCUUCUUACAUUAGCCAGUCUCCUGCAGCUUCACUCCUUAGUUCCUCCAGUGCUUCACAUCCUGUAACAACUGCCUUAGUAACCUCACCAUCAUCAACACCAAUAACAUCCAGUUCUGCAAGUGAGGAAAAAUCAACGAUCUCUACAACUGUGGCCAGAUGCCUGAAGGUCAUUGAGACAGUGAAAUCUCUGGCUCUGCAGCCACCGGCGAAACCAAUCAAAUCAGUCCAGUUCAGUUUACCCACAGAGUCCCCAUCAGCCUCCAGUCCUCAGACAUCUGCAGAGACUGAUGAUGACAUAAAGAACAAGCAGAAGGAGAAGCUUGAUAUGUAUAACCAGAGGAUUCUUGAGAAGAGGGAUCAGCAGCACAAGGAGAUGCUGGCCCGCAGGAGAGAGAAGAACAAGGAUGGCACACUGAUCUCCCCAGGCAAGCCCAUCACCACUGAACCCAAGAAUGUUUGGAUAUGUGGUCAUUCGCUGGUGUAUUGGGCAGAGUCAAGGGCCAAGUCACCGGAGGUAGGUAUGCAGCUGGGCAUGGACCCCAGCAAGGUGGCCAUCUGGUGGAAGGGCACCCAGGGGAUGACUUGGUCCCAGCUACUUCCCCAGCUGCACCAGUUGAAGGUCACUUGGCCCAACCCCGACAUCCUCAUCAUACACUUGGGUGGUAAUGAUCUGAGCACUGAUAGCCCCACCAACCUGCUGGCCUCUGUGAAAAAGGACUUGACCUCAAUGAGGAGCAUCUUUCCACAGUGCGUCCUUGUUUGGUCAAACGUCCUCCCUCGGCGGGUGUGGCGCCACUCGGCUGACAGCCACGAAGUAGAUCUGGUCCGGACAACAGUGAAUCGGAGGAUCCAAAACGUCAUCUCAGAGCUUGGUGGCACCUCACUGACCCACGACAACAUUAGGUGUGGCACAAACACGGGUCUGUAUCGGGCAGAUGGUGUCCAUCUGUCCCCUAAAGGCAUUGAUGUUUUUAAUCUGAACCUGCAAGAUCUUCUAGAGAAAUGGGAAAUGGAGGUGAACUCUUCUUCAGAGAAAUCAAAAGCGUUUUUGCGGGAAAUGUACCGCGGUCGACCGCCACCGAGAGGGGGCUACAGGCCGCCGCCGUCCAGGCCUUACCAGGCACCAGGUUACAGAGACGACAGGGGCCGGCCCAGGGCUCCGUACCAUCCUGGAUACCCAGACCAUGGUCACCAAGAAUCCUACCGUCGCUCUCCGCCCCGCAGGAGGUACCCUUCCCCCCCAUCAGGAAGUCACCCAAGCGGAGAGUACUGGGCCGGUGGUCCACCGAGAGACAGGUCUCCAUCACCACGUGGAUCUGUUCCCCUUGAUCACAACUUGCUCAUCACUGUUGGCAAUGAGCUAACAGGACCUUCUGGCUCUGCCCCCCCACGCCACCAUGAAAGAGACUACCCCCCUCGUCCCGCGUAUGAGCGAAGCAGAAGCCGAGGCCGUAGCCGACCUGGCAGCCGAGAGCGGAGUCCGGACCGAAGCCGGGCCAAGAGUCGAGGACGUAGCAAGAGUCGGGCGAGGAGCAAGAGCCGUCCUCGCAGCCACAGUCGGAGUCUGGAUAGGAGCAGGGCCAAGAGUCGAGGUCGGAGCAAAAGCCGCAGUCCAGAUCGGAGCCGGGCCAAGAGCCGGGGCAGGAGCAAAAGUCGCCCCCGCAGCCGGUCUCGAACUAGGUCCAGGUCUAGGUCACGAGGUCGGAGCCCGGGGCGGGGCUACAGCAAGGCAGCGAGCCGGGGUCGCAGUAAGAGCAGGCAAAGGAGCCGCAGUGUGAGCAGCAGCUCGAGCUCCAUCAGCAACGAUGACAGCGACAAGAAAUCCAGAAUAGAAUUCAAAGAGCUAGAGACAGCUCGGCGCAGGAAGGAGCUGGAGGAGAUGCUGGGUCAACCCACCAAAUCUAUCCUGAAGAAACGCAACGACUCAGAGGACUCGCCUUCACUGCGGAGCUUGGACUCUCCCCGAGGUGAGAGCUCGAGCUUGUCUCGGGUGGCUGAGCAGCUGCUGCAGGCUGUUAAAGGCAUGGAGCCUCACAUGGUCGCCACCAUGUUGUCAGAGCUGCGCUCAGACCCACACAUGGCUCACCGGGCUGGCCUGGAUGCUGAGAUCAAGGAAAUCCUGAACCUGCUUGGGGGGCAGGCAGAAGGGGGCAACGCUCCGGAGAAGAAUGAAGAUGACAUCGAAGACGAGGAGAAGUUCCUGUAUGGAGACGCUGAGGAGCAAAAACCACCUCCCUCAUCUGAGCCACUCAGGCACCACGGGCUGGAUCUGUACGGAGACGUGACAGAAGAUGCACUGUAUGGAGACUACCCUCCACAGAUGGCUGUCAGCAGUCAGAUGUAUGGCCUCCCACAAGGGGCCUCCCCUCACCUUUCAGUCCCCCCCACAAUGGGGGAGGUGGACAUGAGGUACGCAAGCCGGCCCACCAUCAGCCCAGAACAGAACAUCAAGAUCCAGGUAUCGAAUCCUGCCUACCCGCCGGGGACAGAGCCUCUUGAGGAGGGUGAGCGCCAGGCGGUUGAGGAGUAUGAGAAGAUCCAGGACCUGCUGAAGACCAUCGGCCUGGACCUUGGUGUGACUGAGAUUAGCAAGAUGGCUGCGAGGACCAAAGAGCGUCUCCAUGGUAACAAGCCCCCUCCAAAGACACCAACACGCAGACGGUACUCUUCUGACAGCUCUGAUGACAGUCGGCAAAGCCGGGGCCGCAGGAGGAGGAGCCAUAGCGGCAGCUCCAGCAGCAGUAGUAGCAGCAGGAGUCACAGCCGUGGCAGGGGAGCAAGCUGGAGCAGCAAUAACAGCAACAGGAAGAGCUCUGCUCCACCCAAAUCACACAAAGACAGAGACAUGAAGGAGAUGAAGGCUGGGCGGAGCGAGGCAGCUCUGCCCCAGCCUCCACUUAAGCUGCCACCACAACAGCUAACACAAACGACUGAUCCCAACGCAGUUCCCUCUCACCCUGGGGUGCCCAUACCCACAUACCCCCCCUCACAGGUCCACAGCAUGAUACCCCCAAACUACCCCCCCGCCAGGGUAUGGCCAGUAUGGAAACUAUCAUCCCUACAUGCACCAGCAGUGGCCACCCAUGUACCCACCCCCUAUGACAAUGCCUCCCCAGACUGGCUCCGAGGAGUUCCCCCCCACGCUGCCGUACAAUCAGCAAUACAACAAGCCAACCCCCAGAGCCAGGGGCCAAAGGAUCAACUCAAAAGACUGGGAAAGAGCUCUGUUCAGGACGUGGCGAAGGGAAGCUGUAAAGUAAGCAGCCAUGACAGGACAGUUUCAGAGGAGCAGAACAACGAGAGCCAGAAACAGAAGGUUCUGGAGGAGAGAGAGAAGCUGAAACAGGAGAGGGAGACCAGGAUGAAGAAAAAAGAAUAUCUGAUGAAGGAGCUGGAGAGACUCAGAAAGCAACAAGGUGAGCUCCUCAGAAAGAAACGCCGGGAGAAGGACGGGCACAAAGACCCCCUGCUGCAGGAGAUCAGCCGCCUGCAAGAGGAGGUCAUGACUCAGAUCUCAAACCUGCGCAAAGAGCAUGAGACUGCCGAGAAGAAACGCAGCGAAAUCGACAAGGUAGCACUAAUCUUAGGCCUGAACCCGUCUGACCGACCACGCAAGACGGUCAAGCAACCCGAGGAACCUGAGGAACCGGAGGUCCAGCCACCAAAGCUGCCCCCACCAGAGAAGAAGAAACGGUUGGCUGAUAAGAGUCCAGAGAGAAGACAGACAGCCAACAGUUCCACCAUAAAGACCUCAGUGGAACCACCGUUGGCGCCAAGAAGACCAUCCUUGGACAAGACACCUGUCAGCGCACCGCCUCCGCCUCCAACCCCGCCGCCAGAUCCAUUUGAUUACUAUGAUGCUGGAAACCACUGGUGCAAAAACUGUAACGUCACCUCUGGUUCCAUGUUUGAUUUUUUCACGCACUUGCACAACAAAACGCAUCGCAAGACUCUGGAUCCAUAUGACCGGCCGUGGGCUCCCACACCUACUAAAAUCGCAAAGAACACUUCAUCAGUAGAGAAGCUUACUAAACCAGCCAAAGGCUCGGAGUUCUUGCUACCUGUCAGAGGAUUCUUCUGCCUCUUGUGCAAAGAGUUUUAUGGAGACGCCAUCUGUGCAGAAGAGCAUGUCACCACACAUACCCACAAUGAAAACUACAAGAAACAAAUGUAUGAGAAUCCAUUGUAUGAACAGAGGAGGAACCUUGAUCGACAGGCAGGGCUGACCUUAGAGACAAGUGGAAAGAAACGCAAACAUGAGGACAGUGAGAAGGGCAACAAUGACAAAGAGGAAAAGUCCAAACACAAAAAGGAGAAAAAGGAAAAGGACAGAAAGAAGGAAACAGAUGACACUCUUCAGAAGGAGGAGAAACUUCAAGUAAAAAAGGAAGAACAGGAGGGAAAAACAAAGCCAGGCAAGAAAGAGCAGGAUUUUAAAGAUCCAAAAAGCUCAGAUGGGGAGAGGCCUAUCUACAGCAAAAAAGAUGCAAGUGAAAAGUAUAAAUUCAUCAAAAAGGAUGAUAAAUACCGCUACAACAGAGAAGAAGAGGAGGCUGGUAAAUACAGCAAAAGAGAAGAAGACCGAUACAAAUAUGGUAGAGAAGAAGAAUUCCGUUAUCGAUAUCGCAAGGAUGAGGAUGACAAAUAUGACCAUCCAAAAUAUGGGCCGAGAGACGACGAGAGUCGGUAUAAAUAUGGUAAAUCUUCAGAUUUCAGAUCCAAGAAUGACAGAGAGGAAGGUAAACCUAAAGCGGAAAGGGAAGCUUUUAGAAAACUUGAACCAGAGAAACCAGCAGCAAAACCAGAGGUUAGCAAGGCUGAACCUCCAACAAAGCCCUAUGACCUGCCCAAAGUCUUCUGUGGACCCAGCCCUGCCAUGAGGGCAAAGCUUCGCAAGCAGAGUCUGGAAGCAGGCAAACCAGCUACCCCCGCUCCAACCACUUCAUUCGGAAGGUUCACAUGGAAAAAGAAGGAGAAUGUUCUGGCAAAGGAGGCACAGAAAGCAGCUGCAGAGUUCGUCAAGGAUGACGAAGAUGCUUCAAUGCAGGAACCUGCAUCGGUGGAAGAUUCUUUUGCUAAAUCUAUGGCUGUUGCUAAGGAGAUUGCCCAGAAGCUUAGUGGUCAUCAGACAAUGCCUUCUCCCUGGGUGUCAAACACUGGCAACAGAGGAAGAAUAAGGCCAAACCUGCCUGCACCAGCAGCAAUAAUGCGGAAAGCAGCAAUGAUGGGUAAACCUGCCCCUCUUAAUACCUUCCUCUCCAUCAGACCCCAAAACACAACUUUACAAGGGCCUUCUCCUAAAGACUUACCAACAUUAAAUGAACUUGCAAAUACUGUUAGUUUACCAUACAUACCAACGCAUGCAACAUCAAGGGCUGAACCUCAGGUAGUUGGUGUAAAAGCUCUUUCCCAAGCAUCAGGACCUGAGCCUUUUAAGCCUAAAACUGAUCCACCAGUCUUUGGACCUGUCCCAUUUCAAGCCAAUCCUGCACCACCUGUUUCUAAAUCUGCAAUACCUGAGGUCAAACCCCCACAACCCAUUUCAAAACCUCCACCAUUCGAGGUGCAGCCUGCACCCCCAGUUUCUAAACCUGCUCAAAUUGACACAAAGCUUGUGCCAUCAGAUUAUAAACCUUUGCCAUUUCAGGCUACCACUGCAUCAUCAUCUGUAACCACCUCUGCCCCUUCUGCGUUUAAACCUUCACAGCCAACAAUGAUAAAAAUCGUGUCUGAUGUGGCAGCUCCUGGUGUACCAGAGAGUGAGCAAACACGUACUGUGUUUGUUAAGCCUCCACCUUUUAUGAAAAUUAGUGAAGGAGCUCAAAAGUCUGAGAAACUUAAGAGUACCCUGGCUGCUGCCAAGGCCAAGGACUUAUUUGACAUAUUCUAUAGUAGUGUUGGUAAAUCAAACUCCUCAACUGUCACCAAAACAGCAACAGACACAAAAGCUGAUGGGAGUAGUACCAAUAAAAGUGAGCUUUCUACCCUCCAAGUACUAAAAACUCAACCACAGCAUCAGUUAGUUAGUCUGUCCCAACCCCCAGCUGUUGUCUGUACUGCUCCACAACCUGACUCAAACAAAUCCAGUCCCCAAACCCAGCCAGAAAUGUACAAGAAUCCACCAGGCCCCCUAAUCCAGACAGAAACAAAAAAGAAUCCACCAGGUCCCCAAAUCCAGCCAGAAACAGACAAGAAUCCACCAGGCCCCCUAAUCCAGACAGAAACAAAAAAUAAUCCACCAGGUCCCCAAAUCCAGCCAGAAACAGACAAGAAUCCACCAGCUCCCCUAAUCCAGCCAGAAACAGACAAGAAUCCACCAGGUCCCAAAUUCCAGACAGAAACAAACAAGAAUCCACCAGGUCCUAAAAUCCAGCAAAUAACUGAGAAAACCCAACCAAGUCCUCCAAUCCAGCCAGAAACAGACAAGAAUCCACCAGGUCUCCGAACCCAGCCAGAAUCAGACAUCCAAAUUGCAUCUGUUUGGUCGUUGCAGCCUACCCUAGCUCCAAAACCUGAUGGUGGUCCUUGUGAAACAACUUCACAAUCCAACCAACCUAUACUGAAUCGAACAUCCUUGUCUGAGCCUCAGAAUGCACCCCAAAACCAGUCCUUGAUUUCUAGACCUGCUUCCCAAAUCACUGCACGAACAGAUGCUGAGCUAGAACAAGCAUCUCCAAUCCAAACCGACCCACAAUCUGAUCCCCUAACAAACCAGGACACCCAGCCCAAGUCUUAUCCAGAGACUCAUCUUGAUACAGUUCCAGUUCCUGAACCCAAAGCAGGCCGAAAAACUAGAGGCAAAAUAACUCCUACAAAGAAAACUGCUGCAGCCCGCCCUGUUCGACAAACCAGAUCCCAAACCAGAUACCAGACCCGACAUCAGCAGCAGAGCCAGUCUGAGCCUGAGCAUGAGCUUGCCUCAGGAGAUUCUGACUCGGCUGCUUCAGACUCAAAGGGGCUUGACACAUCAGAUCCUGGCCCUGGUUUGCAACCUGGGGAAGCAGCAGCUGGUGAAGGUGAACCCACGAUGGUGGAGAUGACCCCUGAAACCUUGGGCCUCCCCUCUGACAUGACCUCUCUGGACUUUGAAUAUGACUUUAAUUUUGAAUAGGAACUCACCAAACAUCCAUUUGUCCAAGAUGUACAGAAGAUCAGUAAUUUACUGGACAUAAAGGCAGCUGGAAGUGGUGAGAAUGGCACUCACACUGACAGACUUGUGACUUUUAAAACACCAACCUUCAUCUGGCAAGUUUGCCAUAUACCUUUUUGUUGUCAGUGGUCUUUGGAGUCUAAUAUUUUGAUGGAUAUCAGUUCAGUUUUACAGCACAUUGUUUUAGAAACACAAACCAAAAAUUCAAAGAAUUGGAGUAUUCAAUUCAUGCCUCUGCCUUCACAGUCUGACAUAAGAAAUGAUGCGUCUGUUGUAGACAUCCCUUAUGAAACUUUACUGGAAACAGACAAUUUAACCCAAUGCAAUUGAUUGAAAAAAAAAUGCACUCGUUAACAAUGAACAUAGAGGUAAUACUUCUUAGGUUGUGUUGCUAGUCAGUGUUCCUGUCUUUCCUGUCACAAUGAACGCAAAGAAAAAUGUAAUUGAGUUCAAUUGUCUACUUUUUGGACAACAGUGGAGCUUUUUGAAAGUUACAAGCUCGGUUAUGUGCCCAAAUGGUCUGGAUCUAAUUGUCACGGUUCAGUGGCUUCCAAUCUGUGUUGAAAGGAGAAGUGUAAAGUGCAAGACCUAUGACUUAUGGCACCAUUCUUUCAAUACAAUGACGCAAGUUAAAAAGUUGGGCUCAUAGACUAUAUUUAAGAAGUGGAAAUAGAAAGAAUUGUACUUUUCUUGCAACUGAAAGAGCUGAAUUGGCUUCUCGUUUGAAACCAAGAGAUGCACCUCUUUUAUAUGCCAUAUGAUUAGGACCAUCACCUUAGUUUCAGUGAAUUGUUAUUUUCAGAAAGAAAAUUUGAAAAUCUCAUCUUCAACUCUCACUCAAGGCAGCAUUACUCUGCUGUCCACCUACGUUUUGGUCAUGUAGCAUAUAUCAGACUCAACCGACAGCUUUUUGUCAGUGAAAUAAAUUGAUCAGGCUUUGACCACAUGGAUAUUCACCUUUCCGUCUGGACUAAGUGGAAGAAAGAUGGACUUCCUCAGAAACAGUUUUGUCUUUUGUCACGUUCGUAGACUAAAUCGCCUCUUCCUCCUCAUGCAGGUAAAGUUAUGUAAUCAUUUUUUUUCUUUUUUUCUAUUCCAAUUCAGACUCAUAUACGUUUAUGUUCUUCCUCUUUGAAUUAUUACAAUGUGUUUCUGAUGCAGAGUUCAGGUGGUGAAAGAAAAGUGGCAGCAUGGACCAAAUACAGCACAGUUAGUUUGAAAACUGCAUCUUUACGUGUUCGAAGAUCCAGAAGGGGAUUCUUUUGAAACUACAUCAGGCUUCUCCCGAUGUGUUUGAAGCACUGAACUGUAUCUAGUAUCUCUGUGUGGGUCAAAAUAGAAACAAACUGCUAGUCAGUAAAAUUUUGUUGCUUCAAGUAGAGUUUUAAUAAAGUUGAUGAAAACAA